AGCGCCCGCCAGCGGCCCAGCGCGUAAAAGUAGGAGGUGUGCCGAACGGAAGGGCCUUUCCCCUCAGCCGCGAAGGACCUCCUCCCCCUGGUCGGCUUUAGCCCUCACCUUCGAUGAGGACCCGGAAGAGGGAGUGACUCCGCUUUCUGGCCGCUCGCCUCCUUUGCGCUCGGCUUUUUCGGUCCCUCGGCGGGGCCGCUCCACCUGAGCGUUGCCAUGGAGACGCAGCCCUGGCGGCGGCGGGGGAUGCCGGCCCUUUGGGGCCUGGCCCUCGCGUGGCGCCUGGUGGCGGCUGCCGACUUCUCCUGGGCCCCGGCGGCGCCCAACCUGGUCCUGCUGCUGAUGGACGACAUGGGUUGGGGUGAUUUAGGUGUGUUUGGAAAUCCUUCCAAAGAAACCCCUAACUUAGACCAGAUGGCUGCAGAAGGCAUGCUUUUCACAAGCUUCUACACUGCCAACCCUCUCUGUUCACCAUCCAGGGCAGCUCUCCUGACAGGCCGUCUCCCUAUAAGGAAUGGCUUCUAUACCACCAAUGGCCAUGCCAGAAACGCCUAUACGCCCCAAGACGUAACUGGGGGCAUCCUGGAUUCUGAGCUACUCCUUCCAGAAUUGCUGAAGAAAGCAGGCUAUGCCAAUAAGAUAGUUGGCAAAUGGCACCUGGGCCACCAACCUCAGUUCCUUCCCUUGAGGCAUGGAUUUGACACCUGGUUUGGAUCCCCCAAUUGCCAUUUUGGACCGUACGAUAACAAAGCCAUCCCCAACAUUCCCGUUUAUAGGGAUAUGGAAAUGAUCGGCAGGUAUUAUGAAGAUAUAAAAAUUGAUCGUCAGUCGGGAGAAGCAAACCUAACUCAAAUGUAUUUACAGGAAGCCCUGGAUUUCAUAAGCAGCCAGCAAGCCAGCCAUCAGCCAUUUUUUCUCUAUUGGGCCAUCGAUGCCACCCACGCUCCCGUGUAUGCCUCCAGGGAAUUCCGGGGCACAAGCCAAAGAGGACUGUAUGGCGAUGCUGUGCGGGAAAUUGACUUCAGCAUUGGGAAAAUUCUUAAUCACCUUCAAAAGCUGGGCAUCAGCAACAACACCCUUGUGUUUUUUACGUCUGACAAUGGGGCCGCCCUCAUUUCAGCCCCACAACAAGGAGGCAGCAAUGGCCCUUUCCUGUGUGGCAAGGAAACAACGUUUGAAGGUGGUAUGAGAGAGCCAGCUAUUGCCUGGUGGCCAGGACACAUACCUGCGGGACAGGUGAGUUAUCAGCUGGCCAACGUGAUGGAUCUCUUCACCACUUGCCUCUCCCUGGCAGGACUGCAGCCUCCCAGUGACAGGCAGAUCGACGGCAUCGACCUCCUGCCUGUCCUCUUGCAAGGCAAACUAAUUGACAGAGCAAUAUUUUAUUACCGUGGCAACGAGAUGAUGGCAGUGCGGGUUGGGCUUUAUAAGGCCCAUUACUGGACCUGGAGCAAUUCCUGGGAGCAGUUCAACCAGGGCAUCGAUUUCUGCCCAGGGCAGAAUGUUUCUGGAGUCACCACCCAUGACCAAGAGGAGCACUUGAAGCUCCCCCUGAUCUUCCACUUGGGAAAGGACCCUGGAGAAAAGUAUCCAAUCAGCUUCUCCAGUGCCGAAUACCAGUCUGUUUUGGAAAGGGUCUCUCACAUUGUCCAGGAGCACAAGGCCACGCUGGUGCCAGGGCAGCCUCAGCUGAAUGUCUGUGACAAGGCAGUCAUGAACUGGGCUCCACCAGGCUGUGAGAAGCUGGGGAAGUGUUUGAAAUCUCCCCCUCCCGACCCAAAGAAAUGCUCUUGGCCUCACUGAGGGCCUGGCCUUGGCAAACCGCUGUCCGGCAACUGUUGCCACCCACCCUGAGGAAGGUGACUCGGGCUGCUGCUGCUGCUGCUUGUUCAGAAGGAAGCACCACUGUGGCUUUGAACUGGGGCGACUUUACUCUCCCUGAAGUGAGCCUCUCCAGAAAGGAAAAUAGGCUUGAUGUACUUGCAAGCUGCAGGGUCUCCUUUAAUUUAGAGGAAGGGCCUACCCUGAACUGACUGCAGAGGAGAGAUUUACGACCUCCUGGAUCCAAGGGGGGAUCUCAGGAUCACCAAAGUCUUUUCAAGACACGGGUACUUGGAACCAACCCCUUUUUGGGAAGUGCCAAAUCCUAAAAUUAAUCAGCUUCUGCUAUUGUGAUUUUUAUUUUUUUAAACGAAUUAGUUUUCUAUCUGUUGAGGCCAAUUUUUAAUACUGCUGAGCGUUUGUAAGAAAUGAAGGCUGCCUAUAUACUUGAGUGGUUCGGUUGUGUCUUUUCCUGGAGUUCUUUGCCAGAAUAAAGCAAUGGAUGCUGGAAGGCCCUGCCUUUGAAACUCUGCCGUGACUUCAACGUGAGCGCUUGAAGGGUCCCUCCGGGAUGGGAGGAAAGGCAGAGCUGCAUCUCUGGAGAUGCCCCAUCCUCCUCCAGGCCGUGGUGGUCCCAACGGCGCUUUUCCAAAAGGCAACUGGACUUCCUUGGUUUCAGCCUUCGAAAACGGUUCGCUUCUCGUCCAGGAACUGAAUCAACCUUUUCGAGGGAAAGAACCUUCCGGGGAAGCACCUUCGGGGCAGAGCUCUUGUCUCUGAACUCCGAGCGAAGGCGGGUCGAGCAUUUCUUUGGCGGGUGGCUGAGCCUUCUCGAGGGGGACCCUUAGGCCGGCCGGUCCUGCGCCCGCCUGGGAGAGAAAUGGCGAGAGGGAGGGAGGGAGCGAGCGAGCGCCCUCCCCCCUUUGGCACCUGGGACCGAGCGCGCACCUGGGCACAGUAGGGAGGGGGCGCGGGGGGGCCUCCUGGAACGGCGGAUCCUCUCCUGCGGGGGCGGGCGGCCCGAGAGCCCCUCCCCCUUUUCCCUGGCCGGCCCUCCCCGGCUCCUCCCCGCGCAUGCCAGUUGCGGAGGAAGGCGCAGCCCUUUUCGCCAUGAGCUCCGAGGACGAACAGAAGCGGCGCCUGGUCCGCGAACGGAUCCGGGAUUUCCCGGACUUUCCAUCGCCCGGGAUCAUCUUCCGGGACAUCAGCCCCAUGCUGAAGGACCCCCUGGCGUUCAAAGCGGCCAUCGACCUGCUGGAAUCCCA